AUGGAUCUUCAUCUGACAGCGCACGAUGACCUUCACAUCAAGCGACCGCUUAACUCCUUUAUGGUUUGGGCCAAGGAACGAAGACGACAAAUGAACAGGGACAAUCCUAAAAUGCGCAACGCAGAAAUCAGCAAGAUCCUGGGUGAAGAAUGGAGGCAGCUGUCUGACGACGUGAAAAAGCCUUUUAUAGAAGAGGCCAUUCGCCUGAGGCGUCAACACAAGAUUGAUCAUCCGAACUACAGGUAUAGGCCCCGAAGAAAAAACCGCAUGGAGCCAGUGAGCAGUGAGAUUGCACAGAGCGACGGCUACUGCCAACCGUUUGCGCUGUACCCCAACGCACGCCCCGCGUCCUCUGGAUACCUCAGCCAUUCGAUGCAACAGGAGUACAAGAGCGCCAUGUACCCACCGCGCUAUGGUAUUGACAAGCAUGGAUACGCCAGUGAGCACGUCGCGAAACCUGGUAACGCUUCGGCGAGUUACAUUGCGCCUUUUCCAGUCCGACCGUCGGAGGUCCCGUCCUGGAAUAGCUACCUGUCGCCUAAAACACCACCUUAUUACUUAGAACCUCCUCGCUUCUCAAUCCCUGGCACUGAAAGCUCUGUCAGAGGAGUUAUUCACCCUGGAAGCAUCACACAGCCAAGGGAAAAGUUGUCUACAAGCCCGGGAGCCCAGGAUGUGACAAGGAGUCACACCGCCUGGCCAUACUUUGCCCUGAAGGCUGGACUGCAAUACGCGUAA